GAAAGAAAACGUUUUUUAGACGAAGAAGAAAUCUUUGUUCUGGCGGCAGCGUGGGUUCGGAACCAGUUUAUUUAAUGAAGUAAAAGCUGAAUUAGUUUUUUGUUUGUUUCCGUCAUGGUGAAAUUAUCCGCGGAGCUGAUCGAGCAGGCUGCUCAGUACACAAACCCCGUCCGGGACCGGGAACUGGAUCUCCGAGGUUAUAAAAUCCCGGUUCUGGAGAACCUUGGGGCCACUCUGGACCAGUUCGACACCAUUGACUUCUCCGAUAACGAAGUGAGGAAACUGGACGGGUUUCCUCUGCUCAGGAGGCUCAAGACGAUUCUGAUGAACAAUAACCGGAUCUGUCGUAUCGGGGAGAACCUGGAGCAGGCCCUGCCGGGUCUGAGGGAACUGGUUCUGACCAACAACAACAUCCAGGACCUGGGUGACCUGGACCCUCUGGCCUCAGUGAAGACCCUGACCCUCCUCAGCCUGCUGAGGAACCCGGUGACCAACAAGAAGCACUACCGGCUCUACGUCAUCAGCAAGCUGCCUCAGCUCCGGGUUCUGGACUUUCAGAAAGUAAAGUUGAAGGAGCGGCAGGAGGCGGAGAAGAUGUUCAAAGGCAAACGAGGAGCUCAGCUGGCCAAAGACAUUUCCAGACGGAUGAAGACGUUCACUCCUGGAGUCCCGGUGCAGUCAGAGAAUAGGAGAACUGGGCCGUCUCAAGCAGAAGUGGAAGCCAUUAAGAGCGCCAUCAGUAACGCCUCAUCGCUGGCCGAGGUGGAGCGGCUGAAGGGGAUGCUGCAGGCGGGACAGAUCCCGGGUCGAGACCUGAGACCAGGAGGUGAAAUGGAGGAGGAGGAGGAGGAAGAAGCACAGAUGGAGGUGGACUAUGGAGAGAUAAAUAACGGGGACCACGCAGAGGAAGAACUGGAUGAAGUGACUCGUGAAAACGGAACCUGAAUCUGUUCAAGGUUCUUUAUCCUGUAGAUGUUUUUGUUGCACAUAUUUACUGC